CUCUUCGUAUCGCGCAUAUACCCGCGACCCAACCGUCGUUAAAGAGGCAGCAGCGACCGGUCCGUUGCAGUCCGUUGUUCGUUUUCUGGUUUCGUCAGGUUUGGUUUUCACCUAUCUCACACGCGGAUCCCGACUUCGUGAUACGAAGUAAUAUGACAACCGAUCCGGAACGCGCCGCCAAUGCUAGCGGUACAGAAUCCGUUGAAGACGAAGACGAUAACCAUCGCAAAAUUUUACGUAGACCUGAUGUGUUAGCUGCUCUUCGAGAUGGUAUUACUGCAGCAGGUUUUUAGCAAAUGCAGUCUCUUCCUGCUCCUGUUAAACGCAGGAUCAAGGCAUUGAAACAAUUGCAACUCGUCACUACUAACAUUGAAGCUAAAUUUUAUGAGGAGGUCCAUGCCUUGGAAUGUGAAUACUAUAAAAUGUGUGCGCCCUUAUAUGAGAAGCGGUGUGAGAUAAUAUCGGGUGCUUAUGAACCAACUGAUGAACAAUGCGUUUGGGACAGCGAUGAUGAUGAAGAAACGCUAAAUAAUUAUAUGAAAGAGAAAGCAAAGAUCGAGGAUUCUGUAGAAACAAAGGAAACAACGGAGAAUGAGGAUGAUACUAAAGGCAUCCCCGAUUUCUGGCUAACAAUAUUUAAGAAUGUAAGUACUCUAUCCGAAAUGGUUCAGGAACAUGACGAACCAAUCUUGAAGCAUCUACAUGAUAUCAAAGUAAAAUUUCUGCCAUCAAAUCCAAUGGGAUUUAUUCUUGAAUUUUAUUUUACGCCCAACGAAUAUUUCUCGAACGCAAUACUCACUAAAGAAUAUAUUAUGAAAUGUACUCCAGAUAAGAAUGAUCCAUUCAGUUUCGAAGGACCGGAGAUAUAUAAAUGCAAAGGUUGCGUAAUUGAUUGGAAAAAAGGCAAGAAUGUUACAAUUAAAACUAUUAAGAAAAAUCAGAAGCAUAAAUCUCGAGGAUCCAUGCGUACCGUGACGAAAACUGUUCAAAACGAUUCCUUCUUCAAUUUCUUUAGUCCACCAAUUGUGCCAGAAGACUCGGAAGCUGAUAUGGAUGAUGAUACUCAAGCUUUACUAACCAGCGAUUUUGAAUUAGGCCAUUAUAUUAGAGAACGCAUAGUUCCUAGAGCUGUACUUUACUAUACAGGCGAAGGUUUAGACGAUGAAGACGAGGAUUACGAGGAUGAGGAUGAAGGAGAUGAUGAUGAAGACGAGGAAGACGAGGAAGAAGAGGCAUCUUCUCCUGUUAAUGCGCCUUCAGGUGGGAAACAAGGCGAUGAUCCCAAUGAGUGUAAACAACAGUAGAAUUACAUUAAUUGUGCCGUAAUGAGAAAAGAAAAAAAAAUCGUUCGUGCGUUACAGUAUGCAACAACACACUAACGACACCUCUGACCGAUAACUGCCUAGAUAAUCCUGCACCUUGUGGCUCCAAAUGUAAUCCCUGUUCUUCGUAUCAAUCAUCUAAUCAUAUCAUAUCUCCUAUUCCAGAUCAAGCAUAGAACUCUUCAACAUACCAGUGAUACAAAAAAAACAUUUAACAAAAGAAAUUAUACGUACCAAUCUUCCCUAUAUCGCCGUUGAUGAUGAGUAGAAUGUGCGCCUCAUUAUACUUCUGCUAUAAGGUUUUAAUCAUAAGUAUAUAAUAAUUGCUCUCGCUCUCGACACUAAUUAUCAAUUUUUAAUUGCUUCAUUUUAUACUACUUGUUACGUUUUUAUAAUGCGCUGACAGAGAGGUUGUUCGAAUUCUUUUCCGAGAAACGCACGUUGCUCUAUGGAUAAAUUUUUGGGUACUGUUGAAGCAUUUUUAAUACAAAAGUGAAGAAAAAAAUA